CCUCCCCAGAGUGGAUGACACCUUGGAUGCACUGGCCAGCUCUCUCUGGUUCAGCACCAUAGAUUUCUCAAAUGGCUAUUGGCAUUGGAGGUUGCAGAAGAGGACUGCGAGAAGAUGGCAUUCACUACCAGCCGCGGGUCUCUACCAGUGGCGGUCAAUGCUGAUGGGCCUCACCAACUCACCUGCCACGUUUCAGCAUAUGAUGGAGCUGAUGCUGAGGGGACUUCCGUGGCAGGUGUGUAUGGUGUAUCUCGAUGAUGUCCUGAUAUACAGCCCCACGUUUGAGGACCACCUCUGCAGCCUCCGUGAGGUUUUAUCCAGGAUUCAGGCACCUGGCCUCAGACUUAACCCUAAAAAUAGUUAGACGCUCUGAACUUUCCUCCUCAACCCCCUCCUUCACGGACACCUGCGGAUUGUUGACUUGACGGAGUGAUCUCCUGGGCCUACGCACACACGCAUCCAUGAACCUUCACACACAUGCACAUAGGCACACACUCACCCCCCCACAACCAUAGCAUGUCUCCGAAUCUCUGUGUAUGUGGUGUCAGUAAUGUGCUCAUGUUGCUGAGGGUUUUUUUGUCACUGCACUCAUAUUAAUGAGAGCAGUCUUUUUUUUUUUUACCUCCUCCUCUCCCUCCCUCUUGUGUGUACUUUCCCCAUCUGUAAAUGCAAUUUCGUUGUGCACAGUUUGCAAUGACAAUAAAGACCAUACCAUACCAAAAAGUGCCACCUCGCUAGGGAUCAAGUGUUUCUGGGGCAUGUGGUGUCCCGCCACAGCCUGCAGCCUGACCCUAGAAACACAGACAAAGUGAAGAGUUUGCCUACUCCCAAGAAUCCCACUGAAGUAAGGGCUUUUGUGGGACUCUGUUCAUUCUAUCGCCGUUUUGUCAGAGACUUUACACAGCACACCGCCCCCUUGCACUGUUUAACUUGGAAAGAUGUGCCUUUCCUGUGGACAAUAGAAUGUAAUGCAGCCUUUGAGUAUUUAAAAGUGGUGCUCUCCACUGCUCCUGUGGUCACCAUGCCAUACAUCAGCAUCCUCUAAAGUGUACACAGAUGCCUCCAUGGAAGUGGUGGGGGUCGUGUUGGCUCAAGAUAAGGAUGGACUUGAAAGUGUGGUGUUGUGUGCCAGUCAGUAUGCCAGUGUAGUGUGGGCGGUGCACCAGUUCAGGCAUUUCAUCAGUGCUCCAGCCUUCACUAUUAUAACCAACCCUAAUCCUCUGUUGGGUCUGCGUGGCAUGUCCAUUGACAUCCAGUAUUGGACUGGAUUGGACUACGGGUUCUCGGCCUUCUUGGGACCAGAUGAGAGGUCAGCCUCGGCAGCUGCGGAAGUUGUAGACAGAAUUUCCUCGUCUCUCUGUGGUGAUUGGACUUCUCUGUCGCACUUUGACAUCUCCCACCAUGGGGGGCUGCUAUAUGUCAGAUGGUUGUGCCCUUCAUCCCAGAAGUGCUGCAGCAUCUGCAUGGAGGUCCCGUUGCAGCACAUUUCUCAGCAGACAGAGCAUGGGAAAGAGCGAGACAGACUUAUUUCUGGCCCUUCAUGUUCAGGGAUAUUCAGCAGUGGUGUGAGCAGUGUAUCCCCUGUCAAACCCGCAGGGCUCUGGUGCCCAAGCAUAGAGCACCAAUGGGGGGGGGGGGUUCAAGCAAGUCAAUCAUUUCAGAGUGGCGACUGACAUCCUAGAACUGCCCAUAACUUCUAAAGGUAACAGAUAUGUGUUAGUAGUAGAAGACUACAUCACCAAGUAUGGUAGAUUUCAUUGAUGCAAAGGUAUAAAAAUGAACUACACGAAGACAGAAUCAAGCUGGCAGCCUCUCGCGGGAUUUUAUUGUAAUUACAGCAUCAACCACAGCUCAUGACAAUCAGAUGGACAGCAGAAGCCAAACAAUCCCAGAAUCUCCUAGAACUGUUUUCCCUUUUAUACACUCCAAUGACAUCACUGGAGGUCUUAUCUUCCCGUAAGUGGUCUUCACAUUGGUGUCUGAAAGCCAACAACGUAACUUCUUCUGUAAACAUGUUUUGCUCACUAGCCGGCUCUGCCAAAUUUUCUGUAGAAAUCUGGUAGAGCCAUGUGUGACAAGUUCAGGUGGACAUGACCUCUCUGGCCGUAUCCUGCAUCCUGUUUUGCAACUUUCUUUGCUCAAAUCUACUUGCUCCCACAUAAUCCCCUCUUAAUGUUGCUUUGGUUACAUUAAACAUGACUAAGUUAUGACAGUGUUAUGCAGCAUGAUAAUGUUACCUUGACUACAAAUGCAUGUGUUACACCAACAGAUCAAUUCAACUCAUAUUUGUGAUCAGAAUAAUUACUUUUCAUAAACACAACACAAUGUUUAAUCAUUCUUUGAUUCGGUUCACAUCUGGCAAGGGCGAAAACCUGCCGGCUUUGAACAGGAAAUUCCCUUGCAGCCCCUCCUGCUGGCGACCAUCACCGUGAACCUCCUACCUCGGACACCCUUUCACUGACUCACAACAUUUCACAACAGUAAACCACGUGUUACUUUAUUCAAGAAAAAAUGAUUAACCAUUUCCUGUUUCCUAAUGUUACCUUGUUUAUAUGUGAUUAAUUACUCAAAUAUGCAGAUUACCAUAACUGAUGAGACUACACUAUGUGUUAAACUCUUGUGACAAUUCGUUGAUCCAAACCUUACUUGAUUGUGACUGAUAAUGGGAUGAGAUACAGUGACUGACUUGUGAUACAAACCACAAACCUGGAGUAAGAAUGAGUAAUGAUGUGAGUAUGUUGUAUACACAUGUAGAGAGUAUGUAAUGAUGCGAAUAUGUAGAGUACACAUGGAAAAACACAGAAUAUGUGUGUAAUGGUAUGUUAAUCCAUCGCUCUGUCGUCCCAUCGUGUUAAUGACACAUUUAUUUAUUUGACUCCCAUUUUAAUUAUUGAUAACAUAUUUAAGUAUUUAUUUAAAGAUGUAUUUAUAUAUUUAUAUGUAGGCUACUUCGCUCACAUUAUAAACCUCGUAUCACAAGCCGGUCUCAAACUCCUACAUGUUGCACGCCUGCUUGGGAGAGUGAGGCACAUUGCAAAGUAUUUUCACCGUAGUUCAACAGCCACCCACAUCCUCAAAGAAAAGCAGCAGUUACCGCAGCUGAAGGCACACAAGCUCACUGUUGACGUUGUGUGAAGGGCCAGAACAGUGUGCUAGAUAUGUUAGAGAACUUUUUAGAACAGCAACCUGCAAUAUCUGCCGCUCUGCUCACACCUAAAGUCCGCAGAAAUGAAGAACUGUGCACCCUGAAAGAGGAAGGCAGCGCUCUGAAGCUGUGCACACAUCAAGAUGGCCACUCAGGUCAUGUCUGAAGAAAAGUCCCCAACUCUGUCAAUGAUUGCACCCUUGUACACCCUGCUGCUAAAGGAGAUGACCAGCACCCCAGAGGAUUCCAACAUUGUAAAGGAGGUCAAGACUGAAAUCAAGAAGAAUCUUAGCACAAGGAAGGCCUAUGCUAAGCCUAAGCAUAUACAGUAUAUGUGUCUAUGUGUGUGUGAGAGCUAUGUAUUGCAUAUGUGUCUGUGUAUGUGUGUGUGUGGAGCAAUGCAUUGCAUAAUGUGCAUAACUAUAUUAUAGGAAACAUCUCUAUCAUUAAUCUUUCUGCAAUUUAUAAUGAUUUAAAUGUUUAAAAUCCCAGGUAUGUGAACCAGAAAGACAUGCUGAUUGUAACAUCAGCAGUGGAGCCACACUUUAAAGCCCUCCUGUUCCUGUCUGACGAGGAGCGAAACAACAACUUUUCCAGACUCCAGACUGAAGUAGUGGUGGAACUAUCUGAUGUAAGUAAUAACAGAAGUCCUGAGGAAAAAACACCCGCAAAUUCUAGACUAGUAGCCCUAUUCUUAUACACAUUCUCUCUCUCUCUUCUCUCAUGCACAGGAAGAUGAUGAUGAUGAUGGUGAAGCAGAGGCAGGCAUGAAACCCCCUUUACCCAAGAAGUCUAAAGAAUCCAGCACUUCGGAGUCUCUCCUUGGUGAAGACUACAGACCAAAAAUAAAGGGUGGAGGACCACAGCAAACCCGAGCAGAAAAGGCUGAAGACAAGAUCAAAAGAUACAGGGCAGUGAGACCUGCAGGGCUGCAGGACAAUCCUCUGGCCUGGUGGAGGGCAAAUGAGAAGGAGCAUCCUUUUUUGGCUCACAAAGUGAUACCUCCGUGUCCUAGGGACCAGCUCGUAUCAGAGAGGGUUUUUUCAAGUGCGGGUGAUUUGUCACCGCAAAAAGGAGCUGCCUCAACUUAG